AUGAAGCUCGCCGUUCUUCUCUCUGCCAUGACCGCCGUCUCCGCCUGGUCGGUGACAUUCCACGACCACGACCAUUGCGCCAACGGCACGACGUUCCACUACGGUGGCGGUGGUGACACCGGAUCCGACCAUGUGGGCGAUUGCUUCACCAUGACCAGCAUCGACAAUAGCUUCGCCAACUAUGACGCAAAGAGCGUCGACAUCGUCUUUGGGGGCUGCUCAAUGACCUUCUUCACCGAUUACUACCUGGAUCUUGGUCCAUGUACGACAAGCAACAACGACAACUGGAAAGGCUUCGAUAAUGACGGGGACGGGUGUAAACAGUGA